UUGCGCCGCUAUCCUGCCCUGACACUCGAUCCAAGAGUCACUAGUUUACUCUGUACCUGGGUAUACCCACUCAUAAUUACAGAAGAAGACCAUAUAUGUGAAGCAUGCAGAGAUCUCGCAAUGUUUGCAGUAAAUCAAUGUCUCGAGCAUGAAGUUUCUGGUAGAAGUGAUCAGCACGCUGGACCGAGUCACAGAGGCCAUACUCAUGUGUGUCUCUUAUGUGGAUGUUCGAUACUACGCAGACAGAGCAAUAAAAUAUUAAGAGACAACCCUACAGAUUUGCAAAGCUCUAUCACAGUUAUUAUAGAGAACAAACUAGCCCCACGACAGAUAAUGGAAUCUGAUCGUGUGAGCCAUGCUUGCUGGUUACGCACGCAGGGAUAG